AUGAGUUCUCUGGGCAGCUGUACUGGAGUCAGUAAGAUCAGCAGAACAGGGGAGGAAGGCACACUUGACGCACUCAAGUGUGCUGCCUGCAACUGCCACCGUAACUUUCACCGCAAAGAAACUGCUGCUACUACUGUAUCAGAUCAGCACCAAAGCAUUAAUAAUUACCAACUCUACCAUGGCCACCACCAGUUCUCCUCGUUCCCUAAUUACUAUCGAUCUUAUCCACACCCAUCUGGGUACCUCAACAACUUGAAUACUCCUCAGCCACGGCCUCUGGCCCUUCCGGGAGUCACCUCAGGCGGCGGCGGUGGUGGUCAGAGCCGAGACGAGGGUGAAGAUGCUUCUAUUCCGAGCAGUAGUACUGGAGGCGGAGGGGGAAGUGGGUCGAAGUCGAAGAGGAAGAAGAGGUAUCAGACCAAGUUCACUGCUGUGCAGAAAGAGAAGAUGCUUGAGUUGUCGGAGAGAAUUGGGUGGAGGAUUCAGAAGCACGAUGAGUCUGCGGUGGAGCAGUUUUCGUUAGACACUGGUGUGAGUCGCCAUGUUCUCAAGGUUUGGAUGCACAACAACAAGCAUACUCUUUGUAAGAAACCCUAG